GCUGAGUUCUCCCAGUGCAGACACCUCCAAAACAGAGCUCCCUCAUCAUCGCACAUCCUUCGCCAUGUUCGCCCAGACUCUGUUCUUUUUGGGACUGAUCCUGUCCGCCGUGGUGGCCAUUCCCAUUGAUCCCUAUGGACUGUCUUCGCCCGGGCUCACCUAUGCGUCUCCCAAAUUGCUUGCUGCUCCUGCCAUUUCCUAUGCUGCUCCCAAGCUCCUGGCUGCUCCGGCCAUCUCGUAUGCCGCUCCUUCCAUCUCCUAUGCCCCCAAGCUCCUGGCUGCUCCCGUCGCCGUGGCCAAGGUGGCUGUGGCCGAGCCCUACGAUCCCAAUCCGCAGUAUAGCUUCUCGUACGGUGUAACCGAUCAACACACUGGGGAUUCCAAGCAGCAGGAGGAGACCCUGGUCAAUGGAGUCGUCCACGGUAGCUACUCCCUGGCCGAACCCGAUGGCACCAUCCGCAAGGUAACCUACACCGCCGACAAGGUCAAUGGAUUCAAUGCCGUGGUGGAGAAGAAGGGCGUGGCCGCGGUGGCCGUUGCCAAGCCAGCUCUUGCCAUCGCCGCCGUUCCAGCCCUCACCAAGAUUGGAUACGCUUCGGCGCCUGGCCUGAGUCUGGGUCUGGGUGGAUACCACUAGGGGGAUUAUCUCCUGAGGCACCCAUGAGCGAUGACAAACUCUCUGGCCUAGUUUUUAGGACCACGUUGUUAAAUAGUUAUAAUGUUAAUAUUAUCGCCACUGUACACACUUGAUUAACCCACUCUUCUGUCAGUCAAAACCCGAAACUCAAUGACGUGCGUGCUGUUGCCCCCCGCUUUUGACCCACAUUCCCCAUUUCCAAUGGGACGAUCAGACGAUUGGACACCAUAUCACCGAUACACCACAGACUACGUUUAGGGAUACCGUUCUGGGGAUCUGGGGAACGGCUAUCGGCCACUUAGCGAAUUAGUAUCUGCAUUUACUGAAUAAAAAGUUUCGGUACAAAAAAAAAGUUUAGAUAAUAUUAUAUU